AUUUAGGUCGCCUCCAAGAUUUUACCACGAGGAAGACCGUUUUCCGCCCGAGGCGGGGUCACCAUCUCUGUAGGCAAAGUUUGGUUGUUGAGACUGAUAGCAGUCGGCAAGAUCAGCAUAAGUACAUCAAGCCUAAAAUCCCGAUCGUCCCUUUUCUAUUGCUCGCGUGCGUGUGACGCGAUCUGACUGCAGUCAUGUCCGAGGACCCGAGCUCUCAAACCUGGUCUAUCGACAAGGAUGACUAUGAGCUACAGGAGGUGAUCGGGAGUGGAGCAACAGCUGUGGUCCAGGCUGCAUAUUGCAAACCCAGGAAAGAGAAGGUGGCCAUUAAACGCAUCAAUCUUGAGAAAUGCCAGACUAGCAUGGAUGAGCUUCUGAAAGAGAUCCAGGCAAUGAGCCAGUGCCAUCACCCAAAUAUUGUGUCUUAUUACACCUCUUUUGUGGUCAAGGAUGAGCUUUGGCUGGUCAUGAAGUUGCUCAGUGGUGGCUCAGUUCUUGAUUUUAUUAAGUACAUCAUUUCCAGAGGGGAGCACAAAUCGGGUGUCAUGGAUGAGACCAGCAUUGCCAGCAUACUAAAAGAGGUGCUUGAAGGUCUUGAUUAUCUGCACAAAAACGGUCAGAUUCACAGGGAUGUGAAGGCUGGAAAUAUUCUUUUAGGAGAAGAUGGCUCUGUUCAAAUUGCAGACUUUGGUGUUAGUGCCUUUUUAGCAACUGGUGGAGACAUGACUAGAAACAAAGUGAGGAAGACGUUUGUAGGAACUCCAUGCUGGAUGGCGCCCGAGGUGAUGGAGCAGGUUAGGGGUUAUGAUUUCAAAGCUGAUAUCUGGAGUUUCGGGAUUACAGCUAUUGAGCUUGCAACUGGGGCUGCUCCAUAUCACAAAUAUCCUCCAAUGAAGGUUCUCAUGUUAACCCUGCAGAAUGACCCUCCUUGUCUAGAGACUGGAGUUACAGAUAAAGAGAUGGUUAAAAAAUAUGGCAAAUCUUUUCGGAAGAUGAUCUUCUUGUGCCUCCAGAAGGAUCCAGAAAAACGUCCUACAGCUGCUGAACUCUUAAAACACAAGUUCUUCACAAAAGCCAAGAACAAUGAAUACUUGAAAGAAAAAUUGCUGGACAGGGCGCCAACCAUAGGAGAGAGAUCAAGGAAGGUGCGAAGGGUUCCAGGCUCCAGCGGUCGACUGCACAAGACUGAAGAUGGAGAGUGGGAAUGGAGUGAUGAUGAGCUGGACGUGGAGAGUGAGGAAGGAAAGGCUGCAGUGGCCGCUUUACGGUCACCAAGAGUAAAGGACGAGGCUGUGCAGAAUGCAGAGAUCUUUCCAGCGGAUUCACCAAGCUUCCUGCAGCCAGCAGCUGAAGUGCCACAUGCUGCAGAUGACACUGCCACGAUAUCAGCGUCUUCUCCAGGCUCCCAGGCUGGUGGACCUGCUACGACAGGGCAAGACUCAGGCAAAACCCCCAUCAGUCUGGUUCUAAGAUUAAGGAAUACAAAGAAAGAGCUGAACGAUAUCAGAUUUGAGUUCAUGCCUGGGAGAGACACAGCUGAUGGAGUGUCUCAGGAGCUUGUGUCUGCAGGGCUGGUGGAUGGGAGAGACUUAGUCAUUGUUGCAGCCAAUUUGCAGAAAAUCGUCGAUGAUCCACAAACCCACAAAAAUGUCACUUUCAAGUUGGCAUCGGGAGUGGACAGCUCUGAAAUUCCAGACGACGUUAAACUCAUGGGAUUUGCUCAGCUGAGUAUAAGUUAAAACAGUAUUACCAGCAGCGAGAAAGAAAAAAAACAGACUUGUUUGCACAACAGUGCAUUGUAAAUGCUUUCAUUGGCCUGAAGAAACCACUACUGCCAAAGAGACAGAAGGAACCUGACUCCACAUAGGAUUAACAAAUGUCGAAUAGGACUGCAUUCGAGUUCGAGCACCUCAGAUGUUUACAGUAUUGAUGUAUGUUUUAUUUUCGGUUGCUUUAAACAUUUGCACAAUCUGAACCAACUCCUAAUACUGGUAGAUGUCAAAAGAAUGCCUUACUUUGGAUAGUACUACUGAAUUUACAACUGUAGGUAGACAGUAGCUGUGGAUCUCAUCUGUGAAAUGAAUGAGUGAUUGUGUGUGCUUUCAGCUGUGUACCUCAAAGGAAGGUGGAGGGGAGGAUUGUCAUUCAAUAGCAUUUAAGUGUGCAUGUUGGCACCGUUAUAAAGUCAGCUGUUCUCUGCAAUGUGGUGCAUUAUAUUGGAGCGAUCAGCACUGUGUGGUUUUACACAUUAACCAGUAAACAUGGGAGCCACGUCACCCACAACCCCGUCAGAUAUGAUGUUUCAUCGUAACACCCGUGCACUCCACCUCACGGUUACACAUUUCCGCUGCUGUCUCACUAUCAGGACACAUUCCCAUCGUUUUGCAUGGGCUUAUGCCAGACUGCACAAAUUAUUUUUUAACAUAAGAUAUGCUGAUCAUUUUGCUCUCACUUAAUUUUGCCGGCUCUCUGUGAAAACAGGAGGUGCAAGAGAGAUUAAAUGAGAUAUUGGGCUUUUAGAAAAAAAAACAUGAAUGAGAAGAAUUCAAGUUUUUUUCUCAUUCAAUUGAUAUCCAAUUUUGCGAAGGAUGUAUAUGCUGUUGUUUCAGAAAACUGAAAUUCUCUGGAAAUUGUGCAUCUCAAUUUAUAUCGGAAAGAGUUUUAUACAGUUUUGUGGAUUGAGCAUAAUAUUACAAGUUUCAUUUACAUGCAUAUCUGUUAAGUAUAGAGGCAGCUGUUUUGGAUCGUGUUAUAGAUGUUUUUUGAAGGAAAUUCCAGUGUUUGCAAGGCAGCAAAAAAGAAUCACAUUAACAUUUUGAUAAAAAUCCAAUUACCAAUGAUGGUUACAUUUUGAAUUCUCAAUAUUGACACAUUUUUUAAGUUCUCAAUCUAUAAACAAAGUUGGAAUGGAGUCUAUACGUGGAACUUGAGAUGUAUAGAAAAAUGGAAAAACAUGACUGUCAGUGUACAUUGCCUGCCUUGCUAGCACUGUUAAUGAAGUAAAAACCAGUGAAGCCUGGGACACAGUCACUGACCAGCAAGAAACAAAAGAAAAGUGACUUCAGGACUCCUGUGUCCAUUAAGUAAUAUUGGCAAUAGGAUCCAUUGGAUUUGAAUUCGUGGGCCUGUUUGUGUCAUUGAAAAUGUAUAAGUUCAUUUCAUCUUGCUUAAUAUAAUUUGUCUUAGUAGACUAAUGUCUGAUUACAUGUUAUAUAGGCAAAAACAUGUUCACAUGCAACUGGUAUUUUUCCCCCUUUAAAAACAAAAAAUUACAUGGUCUUAUUGCCAGUGAUUUUGGCAAUAACGUUUUUUUUUUUUAAUUAUUAUUUAAACCUUUUUUUCUGGACUUUUAUUUUUAAUUGGUUAUCGUCUUCUUAGUGAGGAUCUACACUCCAUUUUAUUUUAAAUUUUCCCAGUUAUUUUCUCUCCUUGGCUUCCAACAAACAGUAAAUUUUAGGAUGGCUUUAAAAGUGAUUAAUUGUAGACGUGGUCAGUUCAUUUGCUGCCACUUUCACACUUGUGUGUAUGUGCAGAUGACUGUUUUAAAUAUAUUUAGUGUGAAUACAACAAUGAAUGUGGUUGGGGCAUCUUAAUGAGUACUUGAUCAAGAAAAAUAGUCAUGUAAAUAAUUCAAUUGGUGUUGUUUAUAUAUAAUACAAACGGUAUACAUACGGUUCACAGUUGGCCUUUCUAUGGAGUGGACGUGGUGGUUUGUCUAAUGACUUAUUGUUGGCCUCGUCAUGUUCAAAGUCUAAAAACACAACACUUGGGUUUCAUUACUGAAAAAUGCAUCCCUGAAAUAUUACAUUAGCAUGACUUUUAUGUACUGAAUUCUACUUUGUCACCAGUGGAGGGCUAUUACUGUUUUCCUACAUUUCAGUUUCUGCCUUGCUGUCUUUGUUCAUCGUUUUUGGAGUGGUUGGUGAGCUUCUUAAAAGGAAGGCUUGUGGU